AAGUCGGAACUACAGAGCACGCACUUCUUUAUUGCACACAGGCGCUAUUCCUAAGGAUUCCAUCCCGACAAAGAGUUGCAAGGUUGCUCAAUGUGGAUAUAGGAUGUCAACAAUGGCAGUUGCUGCGGUUGGGAGUCUGGGUUCAUCAAGAUGUUCGCUAUUUGUACUCAAUCAUUCGUGUUUCAACAGGUCUCCCUACCCUUCACUUAACGUCUCCUUUUUCUUUGACCACUACCCACUUCUUCAAUUACGAAGAAGAUUCUAUACUAUUCAUGCCAAGAAGAAAAAUCUACAAUCCGAGCCACCUCUUCUCAAACCGACAAUUGUUGAAGAAGUGACUCUGGAUGAUGAAGACGAAGAAGAUAUUUUUGAUGAGUUAGAAGAUGAGGAUUUCAUGAACGAUGAUGAUUCUUUUGAGGAUGAAUAUGCCGUGGAGAAUUCUGAACUCUGUAUUGGUGGUGGAGGUGAUGGAGGAGGAAUUUCUCUUGCUGGUACAUGGUGGGACAAACAAGCAUUAGCCAUAGCUGAAGAAGUUUCUUCGUCGUUUGACGGCGACUUGAGAAUAUAUGCAUUCAAGACAUUUGUUAAUUCUACUGUUAAAGUGCGCAUUGAAAAGCUUUCCAAUAAGUAUGGUUCUCCCAGUAUGGAUGACAUUGAAGCUUUCUCCACAGCAUAUAGAGCACAGUUGGAUGAAGCUGAGGAUGCUGGAUCCAUACCUCAGGAUAUAUAUCUGGAGGUGUCUUCUCCUGGUGUUGAAAGGAUACUUCGCAUUCCACAAGAUCUCGACCGGUUCAAGGAUCGGCCAAUGUAUGUAAUGUACGCCACUGAGGUCGGAGCUGCAGGCUCAUUGACAGAAAGUGAUGGUGUUUUCAGGCUUGUUUCUUUUGAUUUGGAGACUUCUUGUUGCACAUGGGGUUUGGCAGAUGUGAGGAUAAAUAGAGAUAAAGCAGGGAAAGGAAGACAGCUGAGCAAAAAGCAACGAGAGUGGCGGUUGAGCACACCCUUUGAUUCAUUGCGUCUAGUUCGGUUGUAUUCUGAGAUUUGAAUCUAGGCUCACUUAAGGGGUGUUUAAGUAUUUUGCAGUUGCAAUCAAACACAUAUAGAAUUAACAAUAUUUUGACACAAUUUGGUCUGUAUUCUUGCACUUUAUUCCCUGUUGGUCAUUGCUGCUUCUUCCCCCCUCCCUGGUGUUUUGUAGUCACGUGUUUGAGGAUCAUGAAGAUGUAAAACAAGAUUUUCUGUUCCCAAAUGAAAAAAGUUAUAUUACCUUCAA